AUGGUGGAUGCAGUGGGUGGAUGCAGCAUCUGUCAGUUACCAGACCAUGUGCAAUAAAGCGUAAUGGGUGGAAGUGAAGAAAGAAACCCAUCCUGACUCACCUAGAGGACAAGUUACUGGUAACUUGCUGUUUUAAGGAAACAACACAGGGAGAUCACAACUACCUCAAAAAGACUUUUCUGCAAACAAAUAGCACCUUGCAUUCCUCAUCAGAUGUCACCCCCACCCCGACUUCCUCCGCCAUGUCCUGAUGGUGCUUUGUGACGUGUAAAGCCUUCCUUCCUGCCCAGGGCUACCAUUGGCUGGGUAGUGGAGUGUUGACCAAUCACAGCUCAGGGACGUGAUCGCCUCAUUGUCCUGGGAUCGCGGGAGGGGUAUAUACAGGGAGGCCAGGCAGCCUGGAGUUAGUCGACCGUUGGGAGACGUUGAGCGGCGGAAGAUGAGUCCAAAGCCGAGAGCCUCCGGACCUCCGGCCACCAAGGCGGCACGAAAGAGCAAGUCCUCCCCCCAGCUGAGCCCCAGUAGCCCGAAGAAGAAGACUACCAAGGUGGCCAAGAAGGGGAAAGCAGCCCGUGGAGGGAGAGGAGGGAAGAAAAGGGCUGCAAAAAAGAUGGCGGCUGUGACGGCACCUGAGGCGGGGAGCGGGCCAGCGGCACCCGGCCCCAGUGACCAGCCCAGCCAGGAGCCCCUUCAGUAUGAGCUGCCACCGGCGGAGCCAGUGAGCGAGGAGACCCAGCUGGAGGAACCACUUAGUGAGGAGACCAAUGAGACCAAGCUGGAGGAACCACUGAGUGAGGGGUGGCCAACUACUCCCGUAUCUCCUUGA